UGCAAAGAGAAACUGAAAUUGUGGAAGACAUGGACAGGAUAAUUUUGUGGGGUCAAAACCUGUCCCCUGAGAUGGUGGUUGAGCCACUUGUAAAUGUCGUCCAUCUUCAUCCUUCAAUGCCGAGAGCGGGUGUUUCAGAGAAGUUAUCCUUAUCGAAUUUUUGUUCACUACCCAAAUCAAUUACAAUGUGGAGGAGAUUCUGGUCAAGUGGAAUUUUGAAGCACAGCUUGUCAGCGGCGGCUGUGGGGAGGAGCGCUCCUCCGCCGUCGCUGUUGUUGGGAAUGGGAUGGGCUCCAAUUCAACAAAGCGGAAGGGCGAGGGAACUAGUGUUAUUGAGCAAGAGAGUGUUAAUGUCAACAACAUCAUCGUCGUCGCAGUUUUUCACUACUGAUGCUGGUGAUCACAGCAAUAGCAGCAAGGAAGGAGGUGGUGGUGGUGGUGGUAGUACUGAGAAUAUUACUUGCGCGGAGGUGAAAAGAUUGAUGAGGCUGGUGAAUGUGGAGGCAUUGAAGAUGAAGUUAGGGAUGGAGGGGAAGGAGGUUAUUUCUUAUUCUGAGCUCUUGCAGGUUUGCAAGAGCAUGGGUAUUGCCAGAUCUCAAGAUGAGGCCAUUGAAUUUGCUCGUGCCUUUGAUGAUGCCGGCGUUGUCCUUCUCUUCCGGGACAAGGUCUAUCUCCAUCCUGACAAGGUGGUAGAGCUGGUUAAAAGAGCAAUGCCUCUUGCUUUGACUCAUGAAGAUGAUCCUGUGAGGAUUGAGCUAAAGACACUGCAGGAAAGGAAAGAAGAAAUUGACAUACUAGCACAUAAGCAAGUUCAGCGCAUCCUUUGGUGUGGGCUUGGACUAGGUCUGUUGCAGGUUGGACUGUUCUUUCGACUAACAUUCUGGGAAUUCUCAUGGGAUGUAAUGGAACCUAUUGGAUUUUUUGUCACUACCACUGGUAUAAUUAUAGGCUAUGCCUACUUCUUGUUCACUUCAAGAGAUCCAACUUAUCAAGACUUGAUGAAGAGGCUAUUUCUCUCUAGGCAGAGGAAAUUGUUCAAGAAACAGAAAUUUGAUGUUGAGAGGUUCAAGGAAUUGCAAAAGAAAUGCAAGACACCUCUGGAUGCCACUACCUCUCUUAAAAAUCGUGGGUUGGAAGUGGAAUUGGAGGAUGCCAUCCAUAAGGACUAACUUUUCUUUCCCUGCUGUCAUCUUCCUCGAUCUUCGUCAUCAGAAUUUUACAUGGUGACCAUCUCAACUUCGCCUGUUUUCAUGUAGGCCGAGGAAACGUUUAAUUCUUGCUGGCUCAUAUAAUCUACCUUUCAAUUUUUGGAUA